AUGGGUAAUCCUCUUACGAGCCUGGAGGCAUUCUCCCGACUGCUUGAAGACUUUGAAGAGACGCUAGCCGAACACCAGGCCAACGUUUCGGAAAGUGUCCCGCCCAAUCCACCACCGUCGUUUUGCUACCGCAGAAGAGUGCUGCUCAUUUACUUCCUGCUCAACGUGCUGUUAUUCGUCGGCGCCGUCGAUUUGGAAAAUGACGUAUCCCCAUCGCUUUUGAUCGCGGCAUUUAUCUCAUUCGGGCUAUGCGCUUCGUUGAUAUGGCUUGGAGCCACGCAAAAGCGAUGCCUUCGUGAUCGACGAGUCGACGAGGCAAAAAGGGUACUAGAAAAGUUGAAAAAUGUUGACGCGGAAACCAUCGAUUAUGAUGCGAUUUUCGAGCCGCCAAGCGAGGAAUGGAUCUGCCAAUGGGUGGAGAGGCUGAAGCUCCCUUCACCAACUACCAUCCCAACUUUGCUGCUUGCUAGAGGGGAUGUUCUUUUGUUACGACCUGGCCAGCCUGCCCCUUGCAAAUGCGAAACUCUUCACACGGGAAUCCAGCUGGAAAGGGGCCAAAAAUUUGAGCAAACCGUGAGAAGGGACGGCGAAACGGGUGCAGCUAUUCCGCUAGAACCUACAAAGUGCAUCGUUCUCGAAGCGCCAAUUCGACAGCACCUAACUACAAUCUUUGCCGGGACUGUUUUGAGCACUCCUUUGGAUAUCCAGAUUGGAAGAAUCUUGAAUACGCUGCUAACAAAAUUUCUACUACCAUUUGCUGUCGUGGCGAGCAUCGCGCUUACCGUGACGCGGUUUUGGAUUUCCGACGAGUCGUCACUUUUUGGGAAACGGUUCAUCUUUGCCGUCCCGGCCACAAUUUUGAUACCACUGCUCUGCCCUGUCUUUCCGCUAUUCUACAUUGCCAUACUUUUAUACAAUAAUACCGUCGUCUAUGAUUUCCUCGGAUCCGGCGAUUUGGCGAGAAGCACCUCAAUUUUCAAGAUCUUCCACAAUGCUAGGAAAAGUUUUAACCGCAACGAUUUUUGGACGACGGAUCUGGUGUCGCUGUUUGGUUCAUUGACCGCCAUUUGCUUUGUCGAUAAAAAGGGUAUCGUCUCGUCGCCGAAUCCACUGCUCGAUAAGCUGUUCUUUUUCACGCGCCAGACGGACGAAUUGGAGGAGGGUGUUGAAACGCGCAGCCCAACAUUCCCCGAAGUGCUCGAAUUGAGCGGUGAGAAGGCGGACGGUGAAUGGGUGCUCGGUUUCGAUGAUCCCGCAUGGGUGCGUUUCAUUGACUCGCUGCUGCCCUUGGGUGAAAAUGUGCGGUUGAAUGGCUGUGGGUUGUACAAGGACUAUUUGCGGUUUCUCGACCAUGCUACUUGUGUGGCUGAGUCUGUCCCGCGCACCAUUGCCGUCGCUUCGAGACGCUGCCUCUGUCAAUUUCCGAAACUUUUAAAGCUUUCCCCAUCCAAAGAAGGUGCCAUCACGACGAGCGUGGCCGUCUAUAAACGAUUGCCAGGCCAGGAGCCACCGCCGGGGCUUGUUCGGCAUCGAACUCCGCUCGAGGGAGCUUUUUGUGCAUUGCAGACCGACGAGCAUUCGCUACAUCGACAUCUCGCGUGUCAGGGCACCGCUUCUGUCGUCCUGAAUUCCUGCUCGCACGUCUGGGACGGCACAGCCAUCAACCCGAUCACGAAUCUCGAAAAACGGGCUGCAAUGGAUUUCUACCAUCGCCAUUCUAUGACCGGCUAUUGCCUCGGUCUCUCCUAUCGAGCCGCCGGCGCGUUGCCCAGCUCUCGAUUGGCUGGACAAUUCUUGGAGGUCGGAGCCGGCGGUCGUUUCCACCCACACGCCCCGCAUUCGCCGAGCUUGCCUAGAUGCCACUCGGCCGAAUCAUUGGCCCAUCGCGACUUUUUCGCGCCCUCGGAGAUUACGACGGCGCCGGAAUUGCUCGAAUCGUACUUUGAAGGGCACGUUUUUUGCGGAAUGUUCGUGCUGCAAUAUCAGGCUGAACCCUCCAUCGUGGCUCUUGUAGAAGCUGUCGAAGCCGACGCCAUCCGUUUCGUCUAUUUCUCACGGGAGAACGAGCUGAGGAGCCGGGUUUUUGCUGAAAAACUGGGAUUGGAAUCUGGUUGGAAUUGCCACGUGAGCCUGGCCGAGGAGGAGCGCGUAUGCCGGAAGAACGACAUUUUUGCGGCUCUAUAUCGCACGCGCCCGAGCCGUGGCCUUCUACUGGCCAGCCACGAUUCAUUGCCUCUGGAGAGCGAGUAUUGCAUGGCAGCGAGAUAUAGCCCAUAUUCUCGGAGCACAUCGCGAACGGGCAGUGUCCAGAAGGUGGCACCGCUGCUGAACAAGGCUCAACUACCGCAAGGGGUAUCGGCUGUUCGACCUCAUCUCGAAGAAAUCGACAACGUCCCGCUACAGGUUGGCCUCUUCACCGAUUCAACCCCCGGCGCCACAAAGGAAAUGAUCGCCAUCAUGCAGGAAUACGGUGAAUUCGUGUUGGCCGUAGGCUCGUCGCUAAACGUCGCCAAUGGCAGCAUUUUUGGCCAGGCCAACGUUUCAAUUUGUGUGGAGCCGUUGCGGGACGAUUGUCAGGCGACGAAAACGGAAAAAGUGGAGCCCCGGGUCAGAGCCGUCGCCCUCGCCACGGACUGCAUGAAGAUUGGGGCGAAUUUUGUGCUCCAGCACCAGCAGUUGCCCCUCCUCUCCGAGCUGAUCACCGCUUGUCGACAUCGGCUGUACUCGCUGAGGAUUGCGCUCCAAUUUCUGCUCCUCCUCUCCGGGUCCCUGUCACUUCUCGUGGCCCUUUCAGCCGCUCUCUAUCUCCCCAUCGUCUUCAAGCCGGACCAGAUGCUACUCUUCGUGCUCAUCUCUUUCCCAUUAAUCGCUACUUCACCUCUUUUGGGCUCAUUUCUGCCGCGGAAGAAGUUUGUGAAGAUUGCCGGCAAAAAUCAGGAACAUGUCAACCGGAAGGAAGUGGUCGGCGCCCUUUGGUCAUUUUGUAUACAAUUUCUGCCGAUGAUACUCUUCACGUUGGCGCUGUACUUUUUCUUGCUCGUCCGCCACGUCGAUUUCGAGUGCGAAUUCUCGGAUCUGGUGUGCUCGGUGGGAUAUCUGCACGAUGAAAGCGAGUCCAACGGCACCCUGACGGCCCAUCUGAAGCUGAACACCGAGCAAGUGCGGCAUUUGGUCGCGUUUCAGUUCCUCUGUUUCACCAUCGUCCACUCGUUAUCCUGGGCUUCUCCGCUAUUUCCGUCAUGUUUCUACUCUUCCUGCAGG